UUUAACCUAUUAUGGUUGUCAUGGUAACAGACAUACAAGAUGGCUGAUUCAAGAGAACAGUCAGCAGCAGCAACCAUUGAAAGGACCUGGCUCAGCUAUAAAGACAGGCAACUUUUCAAGACAAUCAAAUACGCCAUUUGCUCCUCAGAACACUCGCUGACUCAUGAGGUGCUCCGUAAACUGAGCCCAAGGGAAAGCUCACUACUGAAAGAUCCUUCACUGACCACUAAAGUGAAGUUCAGGUUGGAUGGUACAAGAUGGCCUCCAUUCAUUGUUUUUAAGAUAUUCUCAAAGUCACAAUCAGUUUGUUAUAUAAGUGGAAAGAACAUGCUAAGACCAUCAACUGAAGCAGCAGAAGAUGCUAGACAGCUGAUGGGUAAUCGUGUCUACUUCAAUCAGUUUCUAUCAGACACUUACACUCACCACCAACUGUCAAUCACUGACAUACAUGAUAUUGGAACUGUCAAGGACUACAUGAAAUAUGCUGCUAACCUUGAUGAGACCCCAGCAGUCCAUGGAGGAAAGGAGAAUUACUGGAGGAGACUGGAACUGGAAAACUUACCGAGAGUGGAGCUAUCCUCAGUCCACACUAAGUACUGGAGUGUAGCUGAUAGACCAGUGAGCGCUUCAAGCACUGAACCACUGUCCACCAGUUCAUCAUCAUACCUAUCAACACCAGUGAGGAGUGAAUCAGUUAGCAGGAGACAGACGACCACUCCAACUAGUGCCAGUAGUUUGGAGAGAGCCAGGGGAUCAAGACUAGCUAUGAAGAGGGUUAACAAAAUGAGACAAUCCUUCACCAAUGGACACACACCAACAAAGGAACAAGUUGAAGAUGAUGAUACAUUACUGGAGGAGGAAGAUGAUGUAGAAAUAAUGGAAUUAUUUCAAUGGACACAGGACCUUUCACUGGAAGAACUCAACAAUUAAUCCGGCAAUUAUUUUCAUUAAUUUUUUAUAAUAAAACAUACUCAAGCAGGAGACUUUCACAG